CCGUUGUUAGUGUUAGUUCUGGCCCGUUUGGACCCAGACUAAAGCGAGUUUAUUCGGUUCUGUGUAACCGAACCCGUUCUGUUCUGUAUUGUGUGUAUGUGUGUAGUUAACGGUGUUAACACCUGUGUUUCAGGUGUAUCAGUAUGAAGCAGGCGGUGACGGCGCACUGAUUCACUCUCGGAGCUCGGUUCACUAAUGACCGAAUCACCGUGGAACCGACUAAAGAUAACUCACACCUUACGGAGAAGAAGAACAAGAGGAGGAGAAGAUGAGCUGGAGUGGGGCAAAGAGAACUGCAUUCAGAUCAAAUGGAUACGAGAGGUGGCCGAGUUGUUUGAGGAUCUGAAGAAUCGAGUGUCACAAUUCAACAUGCACAUCAGCGAAACUUCCUCUCCCUCUGACUACACCAGCGCGCACACAGAAAUUCAUAGUGCAGGUGGCGAUUGCAGGCGCAUUUUAUCCGAACUGCUUCCUCCAGGGAACAGUGGACGAGGAGCUCGCCUCCAAGGAACUCUAUGGAAACGACCCCAGGACCACCAUAGUGGUGUGUAAUCUCCCUCCAUUUGCAUUCCUCUACCAUAAACAGCUCCAGUCUCUCUUCAGACACUGGUCAAGUCAAAUCCAUCUCCUUUGACAGCUCCAGGGCCUAUGUAGAGUUCUACCGCUCGUCAAUGAGAGGUUCUGGCGUUCUCCCAGAGGUCUCUCUGUCUCUCCUCCUCGCGCAGAAGAGACUUCCUCUCCAUCUCAACGUUUAACCCGCUGGAGAGGUGGAGACUUGGGCAGGGGGGUAGUGUAUCUCACACCUCAGAUAUACACGGUACACACACACACACGCACACUGCAGCGAGCAUUAUCAGAUGAGUCAUAGUUACAUUUUAAGUGAGAGUAGUCAUGUGACCACAUCCCCUAGACAGUGUGAUGUUUAGAUGAUGUUCUGUACAUUAGUGCUGUUCUGUUACAGGUCUCUCUCUCUCUGUGUCUCUCUCACUCACUGUGUGUGUGUGUCUCAGGGUGAAUGUGGAUUUUCAGAAUCAGUCAGUGAGCCCUGUCGGGGUUCUGAGCAGCUCCAUUGAGUUGGAGAAUCUUCCGUCUAACCCUGUCUUUAUCGUCAAUAUCACCGAGGUGUCUGUUCCGCCUCUUUCACUUUCAGUGCACAAAUAAAAAAAAAAGCAGUGGCUCCUGUGUGUGUGUGUGUGUGUGUGUGUGUGUGUGUGUGUGUGUGUGUGUGUGUGUGUGGAGAAAGUCUGGAGUCUGGAGAAACAGAGGUGGCUGACAGUGGCCGUUAAUACACGGGUGCUCUGCCCACUUCCUGUCUCACUUUAUCCAAAUCUUCUGUGUCUCGCCCCUUUCUCUGAAACUCACACCAAACCUGGGAACUACUACAGAGCCAAAAUACUGCAUGUCAUGGGGAGUAAUGUGGAGGUAACAUCUGUACACACACACUA